GGAAAGUGUUCAAACUGUUUCGCACAGCCGAAUGUACCUGACGCGACCUUCCUGUUUGUAUGAUAUUUCGCUUUUGGAUAUUGUGAACAGCAUAAAUACCAAUAAUUUUAAACAAUAACUUGAGCAAUAUAGAGAGUGCAUAUCGAAAUUUGUCUUUUUACAAGAUAUCGGUAAACGUCGAGACAGGGAAAAAUAAAUUCGGACAACGCGGUUACGCAAACAGAUUAUUGAGCCUAGGCAGUUGAAAUUUUAACUCGAAAUUUCACAUUGAAAAGGGCAAGAUUAUGACUCACAUAUGUGAAAUUUGCAAGAAAAGCUUCCCUCUGAUUAAAGAGUUGAAACAGCACUACAAGCAGACUCACAAACGUGGCUUAUACAAGUGCGAAUAUUGCGACUUCACAUCUAACGACAAGCAUGACUUGAAAAGGCACGUGGAACGAAAGCAUACGGAUAAUUAUGCAUACACGUGCCCGGGCUGUAAUAGAAAGUUCAAAACUCAGGAAUAUCUGGACAAUCACAUAAUAAAUAUUCAUUGUAGAGAGGUAAGCAACAGCUCGAAGUCUUACCGAUGUGACACCUGCGACAUAAGCUUCCCUUCGAUGCAAGAGUCGAAACAUCACUUCAGUGAUAUACACAAGCAAAUCAUGUUUGAAUGCUAUUAUUGCAAGGAAAUAUUCGCCAGAAAAUGUAAUUUGAAAGAUCACAUUGGACGAAUACACAUGGACGAUAUCUAUGCGUGUACUGAGACCGGCUGUGAUAAGAAAUUCAGAGCGCUGCGAGAUCGGGAUAAACAUAUACGAGAUGUUCAUCAUAAGAACCAGGAGGAGAAGAAGGAAAGCGGUAGUCCGCAACCGGGACCGUCCUGGAAGAGUGACACUCCCAUGAGCGGCAAACAUUCCAAAAAGAGCAGCAAAAAGAACGUAAGAGCGCCUUACUCAUGCAAUAUCUGCAAAAAAGGUUUUAAUAAGAAAGAAGAGUUGAAACAUCAUCUCAGUGCCGAUCAUGGACAAGAUAUGCUCUGCUGCGAAACAUGCGGUUUCACAUGUAAAGACCAACACUCAUUGAACGAACACACAAUACGGAAGCAUACGCAUGAGCACAAAUAUAUGUGUGAUGAGGAAGGCUGCGGCAAGAAAUUCAAAUUGAAGUCGGAUUUGACGAAACACAAAAGGCAGAAUCACUCGAAUAAGCCGUACACGUGCAGAAAAUGUGGUCAUGUAAGUUCUAGUUUGUCAGAGUACCGUGCACACAAUUUCACGCACUUAAAAAGAAAGGUAGCCUGUCAAAUCUGUGGGAAGAAGAUAUUCAAUAACAACUUAUCUGUACAUUUAAAGACACAUGGUGAGAAGACAUUUGCUUGUUCUACCUGCGGUAAGAAGUUUCAUAGGAGAACACAAUUGCAAGGGCACAUGUUAACUCAUUCGCAUCAAAGACCCUAUGCCUGCAACAUUUGCAGCGCGGCGUUUAUGGAGCGACAGGCUUUAGACAAUCACAGGAGGGACGAACAUCCCGAUGCAUCUCCAAUCGAAUAGAACGAAUCGAUAUCAUACAUAUAUUGUUGCAAAAUUUCUAGAAAAAUCAAGAACAUUCAGGUUGCCAAUCAGGAUUAAAGAAGAUAUAAUAUGUACGCGACGAAACAGUUUGUAUUUAAGUUUACAUACGCACACACAACAAAUACGCGCUUCAACACACACAUACUUAAACACACACACGUACAGAUACAUAAUGUUCAUGGUUGGGUGAAUAUUUCAAAACAGAUUUCUUUAUAAAAAUAUGUAUUCAGCAAUUUUUAAAUUGUGAUUUUGUCCUUGAAUGUCUGUUCGUAAUAAUCCUACAUUUUCUAUAUACUCUUACAUGUAUGUGUGUGUGUGUGUGCAUACGAGUGCGUGCACGCGCGCGUAGAUGUAUGCACGCACGCACAUGCUCACACCCAGUUUUCUGUGUAAAAUAAUAAGAAUAAAUAUAUAGAGAAGUAUAUAGAGAUGAGUUGAAGGAUGACUAUAUGACGUACGUUAUACAUAUGUGUUUUACUUGUAUGUUGAGCUGAGCAUCAU